UUAGAAAUAAGAAAAUAAAACAUUGGUUUUUUUACAAAUGUAGCGGCAGUCUGUCCCAAGGAAUUUUCAUUUCCCUGAAUGCUGAGUAGAUACAGUAUUGUCACCUGCACAUUGUCAGCCCUACUUGGAAGUUUUAAAACCACGUCCAGUAGUCAUCUCAAGAGAACCUGUCAGCAGUACAAUCCGUUUAGAUUUUCUAACCAGACUUGUUGGAUAUCAUCCCGAGCAGUAUCCAGUAUGAAGGGGAGGACGGUACAGAAGACGGUACUGUCGGUGGAGCAGGAUGAGGGAGUGGGGGCGAGAGUCCGGCGGAGUAUAGGGAGACCAGAGUUGAAAAAUUUUGACCCAUUCCUGAUGCUGGAUGAAUUCAAAGGAAAGGCACCUGGGGGAUUCCCUGACCAUCCACACAGAGGGUUUGAGACCGUCACAUAUGUUUUGAAAGGUUCAAUAAGACAUGAAGACUUUUGUGGUCACAAGGGGAUAAUUCAGGAUGGAGAUUUACAGUGGAUGACAGCUGGCCGAGGAAUAGUCCACUGUGAGAUGCCACAUGGAGAGGGGGAGGUACACGGACUACAGCUCUGGGUCAACCUGGCCAAGAAAUACAAAAUGAUUGAACCAGCUUAUCAGGAGCUGAAGGACAAAGACAUCCCAAGGACAACCAAAAAUGGGGUCACAGUCAAGGUCAUUGCUGGGGAAGCUUUUGGCAUAAAGUCUAAGGUAUAUACCCGCACCCCUACAAUGUAUUUGGACUUUAAGCUGGAUCCUGGAUCUAAACUGGAACAACCAAUUCCUUCUGGCUGGAGGUCUUUCUUGUACAUCCUGUCUGGCAAAGCCAAGUUUGGUCCAGCAGGAAAUCAGAAGGAACAUGAAGCUCAUCACACGGUGACCUUCAACGAUGAUGGAGACAGUAUACAGGCCGAGAACUCGGGGUCAACAGAAUGUCAUUUAGUAAUGAUUGCUGGGGAACCAAUCAAAGAGCCUGUUUUUCAGUAUGGACCCUUUGUUAUGAACUCUCAAGAUGAGUUACAACAGACUUUUCGUGACUAUCAGUCGGGGAAAAAUGGUUUUGAGAAUGCCCCUAAAUGGCAGUCCGAUUAUGUGAAGAAUCGGUACUAAGUGGAUACUGUAACCGACUUGUAAACUUGUUUGUGAUUUAUAUAGGUCCCUUUGUCAUGUCUUCAGAGGAGGAACUUCACCAGGCCAGAAAGGAUUAUCAGUUUGGGAGGAAUGGAUUCGAAAAUGCUCAUACUUGGAACUCUUUUAUUGUCACUGAGGAUGAAAGUUGAUGUCUUUUGAUGACAUUUUUAGCUCACCUGAGCCAAACUCAAGUGAACUUUUCUGACUUAGAAGUACCCCAUCUGUUGUGUGCCAUCUGUUUUAUGUAAACAUUUCACCUUGAUGUUUUCAACUUCUCUCCAAAAGGACAGGACCGAUUUCAACCAAACUUGCCACAAAGCAUCCCUGGGUAAAAAAGAUUCAAAUUUGUCAAAUAAAGGGCCUGGCAUACUAUCUUAAUUUUUAAGGGGAGAUAAGAAACGGUGAACAUUUUGAUGGGGUUAUUGAUUACCUUGCUAUGUCUUUUGAUUGAUUACAAUUAAUGACAACAUUUUUUCAUUUUCUUUGUGGUGAUUUAUGUAGAUGAAUGACAUUGGCUCCCUGAAUUUAUAUACAAUCUUACAAUGUUUUUUCUGGUUCUGUUUUUAGCUCACCUGAGCCGAAGGCUCAAGUGAGCUUUUCUGAUCACAUUUUGUCCGUCGUCCGUCCAUCUGUCUGUCUGUCCGUCCGUCUGUCUGUCCGUCUGUAAACUUUUCACAUUUUCGACUUCUUCUCAAGAACCACUGGGCCAAUUUUGACCAAACUUGGUACAAAGCAUCCUUGGGUGAAGGGGAAUUUAAAUUGUUAAAAUGAAGGGACAUAUCCCCUCGCAAGGGGAGAUAAUCAAGAAAAGACUAAAAUAGGGUUGGGUCAUUAAAAAAUCUUCUUCUCAGGAACCACUGGGCCAGUAAAGCUGAAACUUAUGUGGAAGCAUCCUGGUAUAAUGUAGAUUCUAAAUUGUUCAAAUCAUGACCCCCGGGGGAAGGGCGGGGCCACAAUGGGGAAUCAAAGUUUUACAUAGAAAUAUAUAGUAAAAGUCUUUGAAAA